AUGGAUCAUGGAAUGUAUCCUGGUAAUAAACGAUCAAACGAAGAUAUAUCAUCUGGUGUAAAUGAUAAUAAACGUAAUCGAAAUAUUCCUUCAACUCGAACCGAAUAUCGAUUUUUAAUUGCUGCAUCAGAUUCAAAUGCAAUAUUUGGACGAAAUGGAGAAAAUUAUCAAUCAUUACGAAAUAAAUAUCAUAAUCAAAUUGAUAUAUCUCAAGUUCAAACACCUGAACGUGUUUUAAUAUUUUAUGGUGAUGAAGAUCGUGCAAUGUCAAUAUUAGCUGAUAUAUUACCAAUAAUGGCACAAAAUCAAGGUGUUAGACCGGGCUUUGUUGAAUUACGUGCAAUGAUUCAUUCAUCACAAGCAGGUGCUGUUAUUGGGAAAAGUGGUGAUCGUAUAAAAGAAUUUCGUCAAAAAUAUAAUUUAGAUACAAAAGUAUUUCCAAAUGCAACACCAGGAGAUACAACUGAAAGAAUUCUUUCAUUACGUGGUGAAUUACCAAAUAUUAUUGAAUGUUUAAAAGAAGUUUAUUCUAUUCUUGAUCAAACACCAGUUCGUGGUCCUAUACGAAUUUAUGAUCCAUCUUUUUAUGAUGGUGUUGAUGUUGAACGAUACGGAGGUUUUGGUGAAAAUCAUGAUUUUCAAGCAACACGUACACGUUUUAAUCCAAAUCAACAACAACAACAUAGUGGAAAUUAUAAUAAUAGAAGUAAUACUAAUCAUAUGAAUUAUUCACAAAAUAAUGGUCCAAUGCCAACAACAGUUCAAGUAACAAUUCCAAAUGCAUUAUCAUCUUCUAUACUUGGUCCACGAUGUAGUCGUAUUGCACAAAUUCGACAACAAUCAGGUUGUGUUAUUAAAUUUGAUGAUCCAUUACCAAGUAAUGAUCGUAUUAUUAGUAUAAUUGGUAUGCCAAAUAAUAUUAUUCAAGCACAAUAUUUAAUGCAAACAGCAGUUAAACAAUGGACUAAUGCAACUGUAUCGUCAUAA